CCUUGUGCUAGAUACAUCCCGCUGUACGGCUGCCAAGGCUUGUGUACUCUGUACAUGAACGCAUACUGUUGUCCCCAAACCCAAGUCCUUGCACCCUUGUACGCGACAGCGACAGCAGCAUGUAACAGAACCGAGGAAAAGUGGAUGGGUCCAUACAGUCAUCUCAUCCCACUGGCAUCGCCAUCCCGACCGAAACAAUCCCAUUCACCGUCAGCACCCACACAAGCUCCAGCAGCCACGCCGGCACUCGGGUGACAACAAUUGAAUAAAUAAAGAUAACACCUGUAUCUCUACCUCUACCACACCCAUAGCUGGCGCAGUUUUAUGUCACCCAAGUGGCCGGCAGGAAGUGUCUCUCUCUACGUCUAUCUACUCUUUUCUAUUUAUUUAAAAUGGGGCUCCGCUUGGGGUAAGCACCCACGCUAGAGCGGUUCCGCAAUCGCCGCACGCCACGCCCAGAUUCUCCACGCUCAUCUUGCAACACUGGGAAGGUACGACUGAGAGAUACCUGGCCAAGGUGAUCCCUUCCUUUCCCUUGCGUUGCCUUCCCUCGAGCUCCGGGGAGCGUUUUAAGGUAAGGUGGGCACACCAGACAGUACCUUUUGCCUUUGCCGUGGCCAUUGGCCCAUUGCCUGCUUCUCACCAGUGGUACCAGCCUCCACAAAUCGCACAGUAUCUACACGAGUACUUACCUACCUUGCCUACCUACUCACCUUUACCUCACCUUUUCCCACACGGAUACCUACGUACCUACCGUAACGAACGUACCUGCCUACUUGCCAACUUGCCUUCCCAAGCUUGCCUCGCUUCACACGUACGUACUAACCAGUGCCUUCCUUCCUUCCUUCUUUGCCGGGAGGAGCUUACACGGGCCACGCCUCCCACUCGGACCUAUAUCAACUUGGACGCGCUCCCCCUUCUUCGAGCUACCAGUCCAUCUUUCUCCCAUUUACCACACAAAUCUUUUUCCUUCCCUCCCCAUCCAGCUUGACAUUUGUGGAAGCUACUCAUCCUCAUACCUCCAUCGACGGUUACAGACUUCCUUGCUUCUUCUACCAAUCCAUUCCUCCUUCACCAAAAUUAAAUCCUACCCUGCAUUCUUACCACCAGCCCCGACCGAUCGCAAAGAUGGCCGCCGCUCGCUCUGCUUUCCGUCUCACUACCCGCUUCGCUGCUCCUCGCGUUGCCGUCCGCAGCCAGGCCGCUCGCCCCUUCUCCGUCUCUGCUCGCGCCUUCAAGAGCGACGUCGUCAGUGAGAAGGAGAUUCCCGUCUCCGUCUACGCCCCCGAUGCCAAGGGUGCUGGCCAGUCUGACCACUUCUCCAUCCCCGUCCGCGAGCACGACUCCCGCCCUCCCACCGAGUCCCCCAUUCCCGGUCCCGAGAACGACGAUGUCGUCCCUCUAACUCGCAAGACGUUCGAUUCGAUGCCUCCCAUGAUGCAGAAGCUUUCUGUCAUGGGCAAGACCAUCGUCAUCACUGGCGGUGCUCGUGGCCUGGGCAACUACAUGGCCCGCGCCUGUGCUGAGGCUGGUGCCAAGGCACUCGUCAUUUUCGAUGCCAACCAGGAGUUGGGUGACGAGGCUGCUUCCGAGCUGCACCAAAAGACUGGCUUGCCUGUCACCUUCUUUAAGGUGGAUGUCCGUGACGGCGGUGCCAUCAAUGCUGCAGUUGACUCUGUGGUUGAGCUCUACGGUGCUCCUGAUGUUCUGGUCAAUUCUGCUGGUAUCGCUGAUUCCAACAUCAAGGCCGAGACCUAUGACCCUGCCAUGUUCCGCCGUCUCAUCGACAUCAACCUUACUGGUUCAUUCCUCAUGUCCCAGGCCGUCGGUCGCGCCAUGAUGAAGGCUGGCAAGCCUGGCUCCAUCAUUUUGGUUGCCUCCAUGUCUGGCAGCAUUGUCAACUACCCCCAGGAGCAGUCUUGCUACAACGCUUCCAAGGCCGGUGUUAUUCAGUUCGGCAAGUCUCUUGCUGCUGAGUGGGCCAAGUACAACAUCCGUGUCAACUGCAUUUCCCCCGGCUACAUGGACACUGCCCUCAACCGUGUCCCUGCUCUCGACGCUCAGAAGAAGAUCUGGAAGUCCUUGACUCCCCAAGACCGCCUCGGCAGCGUGGACGAUCUCAACGGUCUUUGCGUCUUCUUGGCUUCCGAUGCCUCCAGCUUCAUGACUGGCUCCAACGUCAUCAUUGAUGGUGGCUACACUUGCUACUAAGCUUGCGCUUGAGGAUGCCUUUCCAGAAAGCUUCUCUUUCGCUUUGGGAAGGGUAUCGCCCGAGUCGGGCUAGUUAUGAGCUUUCACUUUGCAGCCACAUCGUUCACGGCAUAUUCUCGCUAGCUUCGGUCGACGCUACGCGGUUACGACGGCGAGCAUCGCUGAUCCGCACUCCCGGUAUGUUUGCUUCGGGCAGACGUGGUACCUGUGGCAUCAACGCCAUUGCUCCGAUAUGGUCGCGUACGACAGCGCGCGACUUCGUGCCAAUUUCCUAGUGUCAAUGCUCUUUCUCUCAUCAGUCGGCUCGAUGAAUCAUCCGGGACUAUACCCCCCAGACGUCCAAGGGUUGCACAGCACCUCAUCCACCUUCGACCUUUUGACUAUCAUGACGUGUGUGUUCUUAAGCAAGCAAGGCAGUUUCAGGAGUCAUCAGAACGAACCAAAACAUUGGGGAUUUGGACUAGAGGUUCUUUUUUCUGGGCUUUUGGGUCUUGAUGGUGGUGAUUUUGGGAAACAAGACAAAGAGGAUAGAAAGGAAAGAAACUUGGGUCUUGGACUCUGGGAUUCUCGGUGGAUAGGACAGAGCAGACAUCACAAAGUAAAUUCUGAAGAGAAUAAAU